AUGAUGGACUCCAAGUCCGAGUUGCUAUCUUUUCCGGGGGAGGCCUCGGAUUCGAUCUCGGAGCCGGCUCAAGCACAGGGAUUGAGCGGAUUGGUCAACAGCAUAAAGAUGAUGACUAGUGGAGUGGCGCCCGAAGCAGCUACAUCCAGUGUCACAGCCAUAGCCGCUCCGGUUGCUUCCUCACCACAGAAAGAUGGAGAAAUACAUGAUUUACCCAGGAAUACUCCAGAAGAGGUGAUCAGAGACAAAGAAGAUGAUGCUAUGCAGGAUCUGCCAGCGGACUCGAAACCAACUUCGACCAUCUUACAGAGCCAAGGAGCCGAGACUAGACCACUAGUCAAGCCGAAACUGGCGACACAGUCACCAAGAGCUCCGAAACCGCGUGCUUCUCCCACCAAGAUACUCGUUGACCCUCAAACUAAGCCUUCUUUAGACACUACAAAUGCUUCGGUGUACGGGGUAAAGAGCCGAAGGGGCCUUAUCAGAAGAGUGCCGAGUAUUUCUGGCUCCAUGAUGAGCUUCCCUGGAGACCCCAAUACAAGCAUCGGGAGUUUUGGAGCAGCAAGGGGAAGUAACGCCGUGUUUGACUCUGAGUCGAUAUCGAGUGAUUUCACGCUGAACUUUUUGUCAAACCUCUCAGCCAAAAGAGGCACUUCGGGUUUGGGCAAAGAGUACUGGUUAGAAGACUCUUCUGCAGUAAGUUGUGGAUCUUGUGAGAAGAACUUCAACACCUUCAGAAGAAGACACCAUUGCCGUAUUUGUGGCAAGAUCUUUUGCGGAAACUGUACUUUGUUCAUUCCGGGGGAGAAGUUCAACUACACCGGCAAGAUGAGAGUGUGCCAUAACUGUCUCAAAUUUGCAGACCAAUACGACGACGCGGCCGCUUCAAGUGACGAGUCUGUGGCUGAUGAUACGAACAAUAGUAUGACCGUUAUACGGCCUAUAAAGAGUCAUGAUUCUACUAUGAGACCGAGGUCAAUGACCCCGUCCCUUCCAGACCAGCUGAGCACGAAGGAGAUGUUUCUAAACUCCUCCAGCCAGGCUGGAACUGGUGCUCCGCCAAAACCACCUCCGAUGCUCGCUAUUCCUGCUACCAGAAAGGGUGAGUCUGUUGAAAUUGACGUGGGUGGGCUCCAUCGUGGGGGCUCAGUCCACAGCUCGACCAACGGAAGAGUCACACGAUCAGGAACCAUGUAUUCGACCCAUCGCCAUGGCCAAAAUGCUUUCAACGAUACCGCGAAUCCGAACGGAGGGUUCAACUCUGGCACGAGACACAGAGACGACUCUGGUGCCGGAUUCAAGUUCUUCCAGCCAUACACAUCAACGAGCACCGAGACAAACAGCUCAGGCACCCCCACGCCUGUAAACGACCUGAGAGCGGAAAAAUCGCCGUUCUCGACGAACGAAGAUGCUAUGAGCAAUGCAAACUUAUCAAUGAUAGACGAUGCUGAUGAUGAUUCCGAGCGGAGCGACGGAGAACAGACCAUGGAGGCUUAUUCCUCGUUGAUGAUGGGAUCAUCAUCCAAUCUGAUGCAGACCGGAAGAAGCUCUUCGAGGAUCUUCAGCGGUUCAUCUCUUUCAGAUCGUCAGGCGAGAACGUACAGGCACAAACACAGGAAUACUAAUAACUUUCACCGAAUGAAGAACAGACGAAUGAGCAAGAGCAUCUCGCGGGUUCAGAACAAUACGAUGCAGUUCGACAUGAAUAAUGUCUUCCCUCUUUCCUCUAGUUCGUUCAACUUUGGGGGAGCAGAGGAAGAAGAUUCACCGAAGAAACUAUUCAAAGCUUCCGAGGAAUUCAGAUCGGUUGCCGAGGUUCAUGCAAAAGGUAUUCUUCACCAGUUGUUGGUUGAUCGAAACGUGGAGAGGCUGGAAAGAUGGCAGAAGGUUCUCAUUGAGAUUCUGAAACCAAUCAUCCUGGUUAAUCCGGAUCUCAGAAACGGCGAGAGCUUUGAUAUUCCCGAGUAUAUCAAAUUGAAGAGAAUACCGGGAGCUUCGAUUGAAGACUCCUCCGUUGUGGAGGGUGUUGUUUUUGCCAGUGUUUUGGCUCUUAAGUCCAUGCAGAGGAGAAUAGUGAGUCCUAGGAUUGCCGUUAUUACGUUUCCCAUAGAGUUUGAAGAAGGUUCAGAGCUGCGACUCACUUCUUUGGAUCCUCUCAUCAACCAAGAAUCGGAGUACCUGAAAAAACUUGUCGGCAGAAUUGCCGCUCUAAGACCAGAUUUGGUGCUGUCUGCGUCUUCAGUCAAUGGCUAUGCUCUCGAACUCCUUGCCAAAGCAGGUAUUGCGGUUGCCAUGAAUUUGAAACCACAGGUCAUAGAACGAGUAGCUCGGAUGACUGAGGCCAAUAUCGUCACUUCCAUUAACAAACUAGCCACUGACCCAAAACUCGGCCAAUGUGACAUGUUCGAGGAGAAGACGUUUGUUUUCCAGAAGAUCAAGAGAACGUAUCUGUUUCUGACGGGUUGUGCCCCGGAGAGCGGUUGCACGAUUUUGAUUAGGGGUGGAGAUAUGGAACUGCUCAGGCAAGUCAAGGACUGUGCCAUUCUGAUGCUUUAUGUGGUCUUCAACAUCAAGCUGGAAUCUGCACUUCUUCGCGACGAGUUCUUGAUCGUUCCAGAGUAUUUGCCCACCACGUCAGAAGUUUCCAUAUACGAAACUCCCAUCAAUACCUUCCAUGAUUUCCAGAACGCAUUGGGGACGAGGCUGCUUUCCACGUCUCCCUGGGUGAAAUUCCGGGCGCCUUAUGUUAUUUACAAACUACAGGCUUUGGAGAAGCAGAUUGCAGAGAACGAGGAGUGUUUUGCUGAUUUCCAGCUUCAGUAUAGCCGACUGAAAGAGUUGGAUCUAAAACACAGGCAAGACCUCUUGGAUGCUCCACAGAAUGAAGUUAAUACCACCAAGAAACGCCUGAUAGAUCUCCUCGGAAACUGGCGCAUUACAAUAGAUGUCAGCAAAUUGCCGAACGGGCUGGACGAUCUACCCAGGAUUGUUCAAUACACCAGAGACUCAAAGAGUGUCCUACUACAUUCAAACUACGCCUCAGUGAUGCGGCAGUGGGAACUACUUUGGAAUACCCGCAAUGCUCAGUUUUUGGACCCCGUUACCCAUCAGGCGUUGGUGGUUCUUUACAGCAUGGUUUCCACCAAGAACGCUACUCCCUGCAUUGGUCCGUUCAUCCAAGAGUUGGACUACUACUGGGACACUGACAUGUGUUUGGGACAAUACAUAGAACAUGUGUGUCUCCAUGCGAAUGAUAUCUGUACAGAGGGGUGUGGUCUCCAGCUGAAGGAACACUAUCGGUCAUACGUGCACGCUUCUGGCAAAAUUGAUGUGGUUGUGGAGAGUUCACCGUGCCGUUUGGUCGGCUGGGAACACUGCAUUUUAACAUGGAGCUAUUGCAAGCAAUGCAGGACCACAACGCCAGUGGUUCCAAUCAGCGACAAUUCCUGGAAGUUCUCGUUGGCCAAGUAUUUUGAGCUCAGCUUCUGGUCACAGGAUAUGCAUGUAAAUGGCCCAUGCCCUCACAGUUUUUACAGAGACCAUAUUCGCUACUUUGGGCUUGAAAAUCUGGCUGUGAGAGUCGAAUUUUCUACCAUUGAGUGUUUGGAACUGGUUCCACCUCGUUUCAAGAUCAUGUGGAAGCCCGAGAUGUUGGCUAAGCUCAAACUGGAUAGCUACGAGCAGGUGGAGGCCAAAGCAGCUAAAUUCUUUGACAGUGUUCUGGAACGACUUACGAGAGUGAAGGUGGACAGUAUGACUGUUGAUAAGAUGGAAGCUGGACAGAAGAAGAUCGAAGAGCUUAAGGAAAAACUUGAAGCUGAACGUGCUGAGAUCAGCGCUGUUGCCCGCAAUAUCUACAACACUACAGAGGUUGAUAAGCAUCUUCAGAUGAAUUCAGUGAUCAGGUCUGUUCAGGAGCUUUCCGUUGAGUGGGACCAGAUUUUCCAAGCAUUUAUUGUGGAUUUCCUACCUACUGAGAAAGAUAUCACGAGAAUCACUGCUUUCCAACUUCGCAAGUUCUUUGCAGAUAAUAAGGAUGACAUGGAAGAAGAGAAGGAUGAGAAGCCGAAGAUGGAGGAUACUGAUGAGAAAUGGACUGAGAACAAGCUAGAGCUAGAAGGAGAGCAAGAUCAAGCGUCAAUUUUGAAUAGAGAUCCUCUCUCAAGGGCCCAAAGAGAAACUAUUGGGUCGCCUUCUCAGCCCAAAAAAAUGGGGGUUCUAGAAAAGGUGUCUCAAAUAGAGGCCAAAUCAAAACACGAUUCUGACCAUUCUCUAUCGCAGAUUUCCAGCCCUAGUCUUCCAGUUAGUCCCUCAGCGUCACCUACAAAAGCUUUUAGACCUUCUGGAAUCAGGCAUUUCACCAGUUCAACAGGAACAUUACCUACUCUUGGAAUCCAACCGGCUUUCAAAAUGCCAAUUCCGCUGAACACGGAGUUUGAACACGAAAUGCUCCGAGGAAGAUCUGCCAGUAUGGUAGGCAGUAAGACCAGAGACGGGAUCAGCAAACUGGGUCUCGAAGCUGAGCCAGGUUUGCCAGGAAAGGUCAAGAAACUGACUGACCAGUUUGAAGAGCUCAAUUUCCAAGAACUUUCCAAAGCUUUUGAGAUGCAAAGAGAGCUUGACAGACGAAAGAUGGACAGGCACAGAAACAGAGCUAUGCCUGUUGGAGCAUCUAAGCCGCUAGUAAAAGUGUUUGAGAAUGUUCAGGAUGCUGUCGGUGAAGAAAUCAGACCAGCUGGACUCCAUCGUCCUUCUGAGGACUCGCCAGAGAUGAACGUUCCGAAGACGGCAGAGGAGGCUGUCAAGAAAGAUUCUGUCUCUGGGCCAAUAGAACAGGAGAAGACGUCGCUGAUGAAGACAUUGGCACAUUUCUGGGCUGAUCGGUCUGCUACUUUGUGGAAACCAUUGGACUAUCCGCUGUUGCCUUCGGAGCACAUCUUCGUGGACUCUGAUGUCAUUGUACGUGAGGACGAACCCAGUUCCCUGAUUGCUUUCUGCUUGAGCUCUUCUGACUACGUCUCAAAACUUUCUUUAAUGAGAACUCAGCAAGAGGCCAGAUCUGCUGAAUGUGAUUCGGAGGCAGCAACUGCUUCCGAGUCUGGGGAAAUCAAGUCUGUUCGCUCUGAAAAUUCCAACGAGUCUCGCUGCGAGGCAGAAACCACCAUGCUCAAAAAGACGGGAAUCCAUCUCAAGUAUCAGUUCCAGGAAGGAAUUUCCACACUUUCGUGCAAAAUAUUUUUUGCAGAACAGUUUGAUGCCUUCCGCAGGCAUUGUGGCUGCGAUGAGAAUUUCAUCCAGAGUCUCUCACGUUGUGUCAAGUGGGACUCCACUGGUGGAAAAUCAGGCUCUGCUUUUCUGAAAACACUUGAUGAUCGUUUCAUAAUAAAGGAACUGAGUUCUGUCGAGCUUGAUGCUUUUGUGAGAUUUGCACCCAGCUAUUUUGAGUACUUUGCGCAGGCUCUCUUCCAUGACCUACCUACAGUUCUCGCCAAAAUCUUCGGGUUUUAUCAAAUUCAGAUCAAGAAUCCAGCCGAUGGCCGCAGUUUUACCAUGGAUGUUCUUAUAAUGGAGAAUCUCUUCUAUGACCGCAAAACCUCCCGAAUCUUUGAUUUGAAGGGUUCCAUGCGUAAUCGUCAUGUUGAACAGACUGGUAAAGAGAAUGAGGUGUUGUUGGACGAAAACAUGGUCGAGUACAUUUACGAGUCGCCCUUGUUUGUACGUGAGCAUGCCAAAAAGGUUCUUCGAGCCUCUCUUUGGAAUGAUACCCUUUUCCUGGCCAAGAUGAACGUUAUGGACUACUCGCUGGUGAUAGGAAUCGACGCAGACAAUAACGAGCUGGUGGUGGGUAUCAUUGAUUGUAUUCGCACAUUCACAUGGGACAAGAAGCUUGAGAGUUGGGUGAAGGAAAAAGGACUCGUUGGUGGUGGUGGUGCUGGAAAGGAGCCUACCGUUAUCACUCCGAAGCAGUAUAAGAAUCGGUUUAGAGAGGCCAUGGAGCGGUACAUUCUAAUGGUGCCCGGACCAUGGUACAUCAACACAAGAUGA